AUGGGUGAUGAAAAUGAAAUUUCACACAGUGGAAGAAAUUCAACUUCUCAUUCAUCUCCUGGAACUUUUCAAAAUUUGGUCAACCUUGAACCAAGUUUAUCUAAAAAGUAUUCAUAUCUAAUUGAGAAACUACAACCUACGGAAAUUAAACAAAUUGAAUUAAUGCAAAGAAAAUAUCAGCAGAAUAAAAUUGAUUGUCUAUCAUCAAGUGGCUCAUUAUCAAGAAGUCUACAAAACUUGGUUCUUGUUGGUCAGGCAUCUAGACCACAAUCGGCUAUUUGCCGAAAAUCUCAACAUGAUAAAAUGAGCUCCAAUUAUUUGAAAAGUACGGAGCAGCGUUUAACACGUAGGGCAUCACAUUCAUCACUUGAUAAAGAAAGACAGUUUUGGAAACGGAAACAAACUCAAGAACGAAUGCAAAAUGAUGAAAGAGAACGUGCACAAAAAUGUUAUGAAGAGAAGCUAAACAAAGUUGAAAAACACAGAAAUCAAAUUUUGAAAGAAAAAGAAAGAAAUAUGAUUACGGCCCAUUAUGAACGUGCAAGAAAAGUUCGUCAAGUUCUAGAAAGAAGAAAACAAUUAAGGAAAAUGAUUGAAGAAUAUAGAAAAGAACUGUACGAAGCUCGAGAACAAUCUAUACAAAGAGCUAUGGAACGUGUAUCCUGUAGAUUAUUAGAAGAACAGAAAAGAUUAGCUUCAGAACGAAGACAAAAACAAAUGCAAGUUGAAGAAAAUACAAAAGAAAUACAACGCAGAGAACAAGAAGUACGAAAGGCAGCUGAAUUAGCUUUACGACAGAAAGAUGAACACAUACGUCGACUAAUUGAAGAAAAAGAAGCUAGGAUUCAGCAAUCAAGAAAUUUGGCGUUAGCAGCUGAAUGUCUACGUGAAGAAAUGUUACGUGUUUAUAAUCUGGAUAGUUUUGAUAAAAAGUUCAAAAAGUCACAUUGAUCAAUGAAAUGGGAUUAAAUGGAAAACAAUAAUGAUAUCAUUGUUUUUUUCUGAUUGAUAACACACAAACAUAUUACGUAUUUCAAUUUUACAAUAGGAUUAAUGUACAACAAUUUUACUUUUAUUUAAUAUACCUACCUAUGUGUAUACAACUGUCUAUACGUAAACUUAUACAGUGUGUUCAAAUGUUCUGUGGUGUUUUUUUCUUCAAUGUAUUUACACUGUUUUCAUUUUCAGUUUGUCACAAUCCUGGUGAUAUCAGCAAAUAUUCGUUAAUGUUGAUUGCAACAAUAAUUCUGAGAAACACUACUAACCUAAUAAUAAUUUUAUCUAUUUCAAUAAACUUAAUACUUCUGUUUUAUCAAUACAAUAGUUUUUUAUUA